GUACGUUACUUCAGGGUCAGCCUCAAGGUAAAAUCAAGUGGCGCUGAUAGGUUCUCGCCUGAAAGUUCGGUGUUUUUACACACCUCGAAUGCAGAGAACAUGAAAAGUGAAAUGGCGAAACAGCAUAAUGCAAAUUUCGUGUCUUCCUUACAAAAAGCGAAUUGUGAGCAAAAUUCAAAACAAUAUCGUUGGUUAGAACAAUGCUAUGAAGUUGUUAUAUCUGCAAAAUCUGAUGUUGAUUCAUCUACUCUUCCGAUUGAUGGAGGUUCAGAUGCUGGUAUGUUUUGUGUUAUCGGUGCUCAAUUCGAUCCAUCUCGGAUUAUUUAUCAUGGUGUCAAUGAUAAUAAUAAUAAUAAUAACAAUAAUAAUACUUCAAAGUGUAUGAAACCUGGAGAUAUAAUUUUAGCUAUCAAUGGUUAUGAACUCUCAGGAUAUACAAAACGUGAUGCUAUUACAUUGUGUACUGCUUGUUUACAAUCACAAUCGCAUGUUCGCCUACAUCUUAGUCCACCGCAUGCUUUAGCAACAAGUAGUACAAUGUUGUCAAGUUUUUUAGCUAUUUCAUUUGCAAUGGAUUCACCGGAAUAUGCUCUUCAAGAGAAAAUAAGAGAGAAUGUGUAUCAGCGUGUAGUUCCAUGUACAACUCGACUGCCUAGAGCAGAAGAAGUAGACGGUGUACAUUAUCGUUUUAUGAAUGUGCCUCAAUUUCUUGCACUUGAACGUAGUGGACAAUUAUUAGAAAGUGGAAUGUACAAAGGCAAUCAUUAUGGUACACCGAGACCAGAUCCAGAUUCCACGGCAUUGGAUAGUCUAUUCCUAGAACAAUUCCUGCCGUCUUCAUCGACAGAUAUUUCACAGAUUAGUGAUGAUGCCUGCAAAAUUCCACCACCAUUACCACCGUUGAGUUCUUUUAAUCAUACAUUCGCUGGGGGAGGUGUUGUUGUUGUUGGCCGGAAUGAUGCUGGUGUAAAACUCGGUGAUUCUGUUCAACUGCCCACAUGUUCCCCGCCACCUCCACCACCGAUACGUAAUUCUUCUAUCACGAAAAACUCUACUCUUGCUUGUAAUAACAAUAAUAGUAGUAGUAAUAUUAAUAAAUCGAAUGGUUUUCUUACCACUUUAUCUACAAAUGAUAAUAAUUAUGCUACAAAAACAUCAGAUACUACUAAUAAACAUAAUAAUAGUAGUAGUAGUGGUAGUAAUAGUAAUCACAACAAUAACAAUAUUGAUAGUAAACAUUUAAAUGGAAUAAUUAAUGAUUUCGAAAGUAAAAUCUAUCUUCCUCGACCAAAUUUCAAUCAUGAAACUAGUUUAUGGUCACCGAUUGGAUCACGUACAAAUGGUGAUAAUCAAUCAGUACAAGAGAUUACUAAUACUUUAGGGGCUGUCGUCAGCACCACUGCUACUAGUACUAGCAAUGCUGAUGAAUUAGACAGCUGUACACCUAUUGAAGAAGGUAUCGAUAGUUUUUGUGAUCAAACUGCCUAUUCAGUUGAUAAACUGGAUCAACCCGGUGAACAUGUUCUACCAUAUGGUUGGGAAAUUGUACAAGAUAUUAAAUAUGGUACCUUUUAUAUUGAUCAUAUUAAUAAGCAUACACAAUAUGAACCGCCUACAGUUGAAGACUUUAAGACAGCUGAAAAGGUUCGAUUAAAACACCUGUCACAAUAUGACUCACUCAACAACAACACGGAUAAUAAAAUAGUCACAAAUGUAAAUAAUAAUCUGAAAUCGACUUCAAUUCAUGACACUUAUAAUAAUGAUGACAACAGUAAGAAAGUGAAUGGUGAUGCCAAUACUGACGACGAUGACGGUGUUGGUGGACGUAUAACUCCAGUGACAUUCUGUUCAGAUUUGAAACAACUGAGAGGUCCAUUAGUGACUACAACUUUGGUGAAAAGUCCACGUGGUUUUGGUUUUACAAUUAUCGGUGGUUCAGAUUGUAAUCGAUCAGCAUAUUUACAGGUUAAACAUCUUGUUCCAGGUGGUCCAGCUUCACUGAAUAGUCAGUUAGCUGUUGGUGAUGUUAUGGUCAGUGUAAAUGGGACAAAUGUGCUCGGUUAUACACAUUCACAACUAGUUUCAUUAUUUCAAUCAAUUCCAAUUGGUGCUAGUAUUAGUUUAUUAGUAUCACAAGGUUAUCGUUUGAGAAGAGAUAUUGGUGAAUCACCUAAUCAUCAUAUGCUGAAUACAAUACCUGCUAAUGCUGGUCUAAGCACUCCUGCAUCCGGAGUAAUUGAUAUCUCUGCUCAGAACACUACUAACAAAAAUACCAAACAUGGAGAGGAUAUCUUAAAUGACUCACAUUCUUCUGAUUCACAUCUACCCGGUUCAUCAAGAAACUCUGCUAUCCUCUCGCAUUCAUCACUUUCACCUCCGUCUUCCAAUUGUAAUUCUUCUCAAGAACUAUUAGUUCGUUCCUCGCCCAAUGUUGUACAUGGUAUUGGUUCUAAUAAACUGCGGAAUUCACAAAGACCUGAAUUCUUGAAGGUGUCAAUUUUCAAACAAGCCAAUGGUUUUGGAUUUACCUUAGCCGACCAUCUUCAAGGUCAACAUGUGAAGGCUAUAUCAGAUCCUGUACGAUGUGGUCGCCUACGUGUUGGUGAUGUAGUUGUCGAGAUUAAUGAUCAACGUGUUAAAGAUAUGCCACAUAUCGAAGUGGUACAAAUAUUGAAACAAUGUCCAGUUGGGAAAGAAGCACGUCUACUUGUCCAACGUGGUGGUUUAUAUACAUCCCCUUUAUCCUUAUUGGAUUCUGAAUUGCUUGGUAUGAAUUCAUUAAAUUCAUUAAGCGAACAGCGUUAUCGUGGGAAUAUUAUGAAUCAUCAAUAUGUAGAUAGUAUUCACUCAAGUGUCAUAUCACAGUCUGAUACAAGUUCCACAGCAACACCACCAACAGCUCAUCCUGUCAAUGGUACUGUUAUACCAACAAAUAUGAUGAAUGGUAAUGGUUUAAUUUAUGCUACACCACAGCCUCAAAGAAAUCAUCUUUCCUCAAGAAUCGGUUACCAGCAUAACUCUGGGAGUACAGGUGAGAAUAGUAUAUCCUCAAGUAGUUCAUCACAUCUACGUGCACAAACUCCAGACCCGUAUGUAGAUAGACGUUUAGGCUUGGAUAGUCCUACGCAUCAACCCCAUCGUCAUCACCAACAUCAUCAACAACAGCAGAACCACCCUACUUAUCAGCAUCAUCAGAUGUCAGAUUUAGUAUCUAACUUAAAUUUUGAUCAUUCAGAUUAUGUGUAUCAUUAUUCAAAUGGUAAUAAUACUACUAAUAAUAAUAGUAGUAAUACUAAUGGGAACAAUUCAAGUUUAACUGUGAUACAUGAUCGUCGUCGACGUGUGCAUCCUGUGGAUGAUAGUGUUGUUGGUAUGAAUAAGGAUACCUUCCCCUCUGGAUCACCGAAUUCAUCAGUCACAUAUGGUUCAUUACUUCGACCUGGCCGUAUGCUCCCCUUACGUCAUUCACAAUCAACUGUCAAUAGUAGACCUAAUAAUGGUGCUACUAAUGUCCCCUCAGCGACAACAGAAUCAUCAUCAACAAAACCGGCUCCAGCAACAGCACCAUUGUGUAUGCUUCCUGGAGAGUUUCUUGUUCACUUGAAACGACAAUCAACUGGUUUUGGAUUUAAUCUAGUCGGUGGAGCUGAAGAAAAUACUCAGGUAUCUAUAGGUGCAAUGCUCUUAGGAGGUUCCGCUCAGUUGAGUGGUGUUGUACGCACAGGCGAUAAAUUGAUCUCAAUCGAUGGUGUACGUGUUAUCGGUGCAACACAUGCUGAAGUUGUUGAUUUGCUGGAUAGAGCUGCUCAUACAGUAGGUCAAGUGACAUUGGGUCUACAAAGAGGCAAGGUUGAAAUAGAUAAUCAUAGUGUUGCUCAUCGUUCUUCAGAACCUGUGGAUGUUGUUAUUUCAAGAAGUGAAAAAGGCGAUGGAUUUGGUUUCUUUUUAACAAAUACAAGACCACCAUCAUUAUUGGGUAAUUCUCAGCCGGAACAUUCAUAUCCAGGCAAUAAUAAUAAUAAUAAUAGUCUUCAGAAUGCAGAAUUCAUUGCUCAACUUGUUCCUGGCAGUCAAGCUGAGCGUAUGGGUCUACUGUCUGUCGGUGAUCAAAUAUUAGCUGUAAAUGGUAUUCCCACCUGUGGACUACAUCAUGAUGAAGUGGUUCGUCUGAUACGUGAAAGUGGUAAUCAUAUCGCCUUGAAGAUUUUACCAUAUUCUAGCUCAGCUUCACGUGGACGUAAACAUCCUCUGCCGAUAAGAGAUUCAGUUGAAUUCCCGGUGACAUUGUUUCGUGGUAGUCGAGGUUUUGGUUUUUCUAUUCGUGGUGGACAAGAAUUUAAUCGGAUGCCGCUUGUAGUACUACGUAUUGCAGAUGGUGGUGCGGCUCAAAUGGAUGGUCAAUUAAAAGUUGGUGAUGAGUUGGUUGAAAUCAAUGGUUAUUCAACUAUUGGUAUGUCACACGGACAAGCUAUUGAAAUUAUUCAACGUGGUGGUAAUACAAUGCGACUGAUUGUUCGACGACGUUCUUCCCGUGUGAAGCCGCUAGCACAUCAACAUCAUCUAUCCAACGGUUUAGCGUGUGUCACUGACAGUCGGAUAGUAACAGAACCAUCAUAAAGUCAGAGUAUCACAGGUAAAGUGUGUGUGUGUUUCUGCGUGCCUAUGUGUAGUCAGUACUCCUUCGUGUUUGUCUGUGUGUCUUUUAUUCUUUGUAUUCGUGUAUGUAAUAAAUAUUGUAUAACUAGGAAUGCUCUUCCAUUGUUUUCUUGAUGUACCUGUAUGGUAGGUAUAUGCAUAUAGUGUGCAUCCUUGUUUCUUUCGCAUACUGUGAGAAUAUGUCUUCAUUCAUUCAGUAGUUAGCACAUAGCAUUACGAAUACUAUGCGUAUAUUGAUACCUUUAUGUUGUUACUUAGUUACUGCACUCUUAUAUGAAUGCCACAUGGAAGCCUAAGCUCCUGGGUUCGAACCCCCUAGCGGUAUGUACGCACUGAUGAUGAGUCCUAAAGUAGUGCGAAACACCUGUCCAGUACUUUCUAUGACUACUUGUUUUCAAUAGUUAUCUUACUCCGAUAUUAAUCCGUGGUGAAAAUUGAAAUACACAUCAAUUCCGUAACAACAAACUCCUGGAAAUCAAACUGGUAUUCGCUAGUAGACUGGCUGGCUGCAGGAUGGAGUCUCUAGUGAGACGUCGUGACCAGUUGGUGGAUUUUACUAACAGGUUGGAAGUGAAGACAAUUACUCUCCACAGAUGACAUUGGUUGAUGCCACCAGUCACGCUGUUGAGUAGAGUUGCAGUGUCUGAAUGAUCUACGAAGUAGCUUUACUUGUAAUCCUAAAGGUGAUAGGUUUGAACUCUGGCGGUUGUUGUGUAUUGUUGAUGAGCCCCAGGCUAGGACGAAACAGCUGUCCACUACUUCUUGUUGGUUGUCAGUAGUUCUCUAACUGAUAUCAAUCUAUUGUCAAACUUUGAAUUCUAAGUCGUUGGUUUUCAUUUUUUGUUCGUAUCAAGAAACGUUACUUACCAGUACUACUAUACUAUCAUUAGUAAUUAUAAAUUUUUGUGAUAAAGGUUACUUGGUUUAAGCGCUUACUUGAAUUUGGCCAUUUGAUCUUCAAUAUGGAGCCAGCGAAGGCAGCUGUUGAUAAACGUCUGCAACUGGCUGUUGGAAAUCCUUUUCGUGACACGCAGUGCAGGUUUCUGACCAGUGUAGAAGGAUCGACUUCAAAUUCGUGUUAGAAAUCCGAAUCUUGUUCUCUAUCCUGAGUGUAGAAGAUUUCCAAACUGGUUUCAGGUUGAUGAAGGCGUAUCUUGCCUUUCCAAUUCUGACUGACUGGCUUUGACAUCUUCAGCCGUCCCGCCUGUAGUUGCAACGAUGCCUCCCAGAUAAGUGAAGGAGGCAACCUCUGCUAAAUCUCUCUCCUGUUGAUAGUGACUAGUGCUGGUUGUUGUUGCUGAUGUUGAUUGGUUAUUUUCAUCAUCUCCGCCUUCUCUUUGUUCACUUGGACACUCCUGUUUUCGCUGCCUCUUCAGCCAGUUUGUUGGUUUAUACUUGCAGUUCUUUGAGUUUGUAUGACAUCAGAUAUAUAUAUCAUCCACAAGCGAAAUCCAGAUCUUCUAGAGUCUACUUAUCGGUCGUAGUUCAGCGUAAUCCUGACUCCUCUUCCCCAACAGUCUGACGCAUAAUCCAGCCCACCACAAUUAAGAAUAUCAUUGUUGAUAAUAGGGCAGUCAACCUUGUCUUACUCCCGUAUGCACUUUGAACACCUCCCUGAGUUUUCCGUUGUGGAUCACUUUGUGGUGAGAGCAGGCCGUGAGAAAAUAUGAACAAGGCUGAUUCAACAACCAACCACAGCAAAGUUAACGUGGCAAAAUAUGAUUCACAGAUAGAGAACUCUAUUUUUCGAGGAAUCCCGAAACAACCAAUCAGAAGCCUGCGUUUGUCUGCCUAACUUCUGAUAAACAACCAAUCAGAUGACUGCGCUUGUCUACUUGCAUAAGCUAUAAUAAUGUAUGUGAAAUAUGUAUAAAUACGUGUUGAUUUUCAUAAUAAAACGAUCUGUUGCCUGGCCCUUGUCUUCUGUUGUUACAACUUGACACUGACAUUGUCAUAUAGCUGUUGAAUGAGGUUGACAAAGACUUAAGGUACACCGUAGUGUUGAGGCAGUUUCUAAAUUACUUCUCGGUCAAUGCUGUCUGUGCGAAGAGUUUUCGAAGUCGGUGAAGUUGAGGUAGAGGUUUGACUGUUAUUCUAUGCUUUGUUCUGUGAUGACGAUGCGUAGAGUUGCGAUUUGAUCAGCGCACAUGAUUUGCCUUUCCUGAAUCCAGACAGCUUGUUCUGGUGGGGCUGACAGAGUUCUGUAUCUGGUGCAUCCUUUACUCUCUCUCUCUCUCUCCAAGAUAGAUAGUGUUGAAAAUGUAUACAACACAAUAACCCUGGAAGUUAUUUUCUUUGAGACUCGUUUCGACGCAGAUAUUACUGUAACAGCAGAAGACAAGGGCCAGGCAACAGAUCGUUUUAUUAUGAAAAUCAACACGUAUUUAUACAUAUUUCACAUACAUUAUUACAGCUUAUGCAAGUAGACAAACGCAGUCAUCUGAUUAGUUGUUUAUCAGAAGUUAGGCAGACAAACGCAGGCUUCUGAUUGGUUGUUUCGGGAU